GCCGAUGAUAUCGAUGAUAUCAAGAUGGCGGCGUCAAGAGCGUUACUAAAUGGCAGGUUAAAACGACCCGAAUUUGCAAGAAAAGUCGCUUGUCUGGGGUGCUUAUCUAGGUUUUUCAAAACCAAAUCUGAGUCUUUAGUUUAUUCCGAGCAUGGUGAUCCGGAGAAUGUCCUAAGGUGAGAGGUGAGGUUUUACACAAUGUAAAGUUCUACGCACACACUCAGGAUUAAAUUUAAAGUUUUAUAGAAAUUCAGGGCAGAUUUCCACACAGCCCCAUACAUUUGUUAUGCAUACAUAUUUCGACUCUAUUCAAAUGUAACCUAUCUGCAAAACAUAGGUAGUGGGAAUGGCAAAACAGCAGUGGACUAGCUAAACAACAACCUUGCCUUCAAUAUAUAACGCUUUAAUUUUUGUAUAUUUCUCUGCCAUCAUAUGCAUUGCACAACCACGACAUGAAGCUGCCUCCCAAUUCCAUGUUUUGUUGAGGACGCGAACACAAGGCAACGAUUUUCUAAAUCCAAUUUUUAAUUUGAGACACAGUCAGGACUUCAAAAUUCAACUCCAGAAAAAUUCACCAAGAUUUAACAAAUUGGACGACAUGGAAAAUGAAUUCUGUACCUGCCAUGUGUCACGCCUUCGAUCUCACGCCCGCUCAGACCUGUGUUCCAAUUCAUUACGCCUGGUAGAAAAGUUUGAGGUAUUACAGCAUUAACUGACUCAUUUUGAAAAAUAUAUUAAUUAUUUAAAGAAACUGGAACCAAUGCGUCAGGACUUGCCACAGGUCAACUCGCUGAGUGAGUGCCGAAGGUGCGAGGGACGCUCAUGAAGCAAAUGAAAGUGGGUGACGAAGUCUCAAGACCAGCGACAUAAGUCGCAAAUUGACUUGUUCCGUCUGCAGAAAAGAUUGAAUUUAAUUUGGAUAAUGUGGGUGCCAAAAAAUUGUUUGUGACAUCAGGUUGACAGGCUUGUGACAGCCCCCUGAAAUAAUCAGUUCUCAUAUGACUGGAUCAGCGUGCAAAGAAAGUCGUGUCCGAUAGCCCGGGGCUGGUGGAUUUUGCUGUCGGGCUAGUGAUUUUUGUUCUUAACUUGCCCAACGGGCAAGUGCUGCUUUGAGGGGAAAUUCAAAUUACAGAAGGAUUGUAAUCAAUCCUGCUAAUCAAAGAGGGUUUUCGGGCUAGUUGAAAUGACUUGUGGGCUAGUACAUGCUUGCUACAGCUUGCCCGAAUGGCAGGCUGUAAAACUGACUUUCUUUGCACCCUGCUGGAUGGUCUGAACACCGAGGUGAAUGUAGAUGAACUGAACUCAAAGAAUGCUGUUUUUCGGGUUGGUAUCUCUCCAAAAUCGAAAGAACUAACUUGCAUAUUAUGUGUAGAAAGUCUUUGAAAUUCAAGUUUGCCAGGAAGGCUUCUUCCGGACCAGGCUAAGUCACCAGCACGUGUCAGUGAACUUUGGAAAUCCUUGUCAGCUCAAAGCUGGGAAAAGAAAGCUGUCGGACAGAAACUAUUUGUGAAAACUCUGCCAGAAGCAAAGAAAACAUAGUGGCAGGUCGUUUCUGCUAUCUAUGUAUGUUUUUGAAUGGCGUGAUGUGAAAUAUUUAAAGGCUUUUCCCUGAGCCUGUCAGUGCAAUCAUCAAGAAAUCUCGACCACUAAUGUACCCUUCUACCACUGUCUUUUGAUUCUCUCUAAUUUCAAUUCUUUGAAGCCAACUUUCCUUUUUUUACCAGCAUUUGUCACUUUGUGUAAGUUUAUUUCCUGCACUUCAAAGCCAAGCACAUGCCAAUCAAAGGAUUUGCCUGGAUUAAGUUUCCCGAGAACCAACGCCACAAGAUAAGGGGUUUCCUGAUUGGAUAUCCCUAAUGACACACCCCCGUCACACUGCCAGCCAGAAAAGUGGCCGGUCAAAAAUAGCGCGCUUUAGGCGAGAAAAGUUCAUUUCCCUACUGACCACCUAACCAGCAGAAACUGGAAACGAGCUUUGAGAAAGUCUAAAAUGAGAGUCAGCAAAAAAGAAGUUCAUGUGAAUGAUCGCCUUUCUCUGAAUUCUCUUAUUUUCAUACUAUGGAAAGUCAUCAUUCCCUUGUGUUCACAUGUUCAUGUUAGACAGAACUCUUUGGAACAUCUUUGGACAUCUUCAGAUACAAUCGGACCCCUACGAAAAAUGCUGGCACUCUCAGGAUAAAAGUGCCACACCUAUAAAUUAAAAAAAGUUGGCAGGUAUAAAAUUCACUUUUAAAAGACGUUUUCACCACCUUCAUUGUGGUCAUUACUAAAGCUCCCUCUUAGCAGAGUUGUCUGACUGUAGUAUUACACCUCUGAAAAGAUGUAAUCACUUUCUAUUUUCUUAUUAUUAGUGUAAGGAAAGUGGACGCAAAUAACUUUGGUGACAGGUCUGUGUUGUUACACAUGCUGGCAGCUCCAAUAAACCCAGCUGAUAUCAAUCAGAUUCAAGGUUAGAAUGAUAAUUCAAGCUUUGUCUUGGUACGUAACAAUGUAUGCACAUGGGGCUCUCACAUUCGAUUAGACUACAAUUAUUUAUUAAUGAAUAAACAAUACUUACUUUAUCAUUGUGUGGGUUUGUUUUCUUUUGCAGUCAGCUGGUGCAGGUUCUGGGACCAAGAAAUUUUGAGGGCCUGGAACAGUCAGAUAUUUCAAAAAAUCCAUGGAAUAUCUGAUUGCUUCCUAAGUGGUUUUCAAAGGUUUCUCAGUCCAAGACCUCAAACCAGCUGACAGCAAAAUUCAAGAUGGCUGUCAAAAAAACCCCCAUCCACACAAUGAUAUAAGAAGCCCCUUGUGAGUUUGUGACUCUCAGUUGUGUGUUGUGUUAUAAUUAUAAGGGUGCCUGCAUAGCCUAUUAUUAUUGCCUCUUCUUAGGCUAUUACCAGUCCCUCGUUUUGAGCUUACUGGCCUAUAGCCCGUAACACUCUAUAUUUUUAAAUCUCAUCUUUUGCUAACUGCUAGUAGCCUGCCUGCAAGCUCUUGAGGAUAAUAAAGGGCCACCCCCUGAAUUUCCUGAGAACUUGCUAGUGGCCUACAUGUAAUCUGCAAUCGGAGAAAAAAUUAAUGGAGACAGUUUGCCCUGAAGGGCCUUUUUGAUGUUCUAGGGGCUUCAAAAGCUCCCCGAUUCCCUCCAUGUUGUGCUGCUGUUUGAGCUACCUGUAGAAAACAACAAACAGCCCAGCUUUGAAUGGAGGAGACAGGGGAGGGGUGUGGACUGUUUUGUUCUCUGAAGUUACUCUAUUUGAUUACAUUGUCGCAGCAAUUUUGUAAUGGGUUAUUGCCAUUGGUGAUGGCCUUGAGUGCAGUGUUCUAACUGCUACACCUUGGACAGAGACAAGGUGUAGCAGUUAAAGCUAUGUACCAAAAAUAAUUUCUUUUGUAAUUAUUACCAUAAUAAUUAUGAAAGAAAUUAUUUAUGGUACACAACUUUAUUUAAGCUGCUAUGAAACCUUUUUUUUUCCCUUUUGCUGUAUCAAGAUGAAAUCAAUAGUCAAACCUCCCAUAAUUGACUACCCAACACUUGAAGAGUGGUGGUUACUUAUAGGAAGUGUUUGCUAACGAGAGUCAAACUGCAGGAGGUCUUUUACGAGGAGAAGUCCAGGCAAAUCCCUUUUUUGGAGAGAAUGUAUUGCAUGCAAUUUUUAGGUUGCAAUGAAUUAUAUGUAAAUCCAUGUAGUUUCUAAAAGUUCGUCUCAUGCUCUAAAUAGUGUAGUACAAACAGCGAAAACAAAUGCCAGACCAUUGUACCAGGUGUUCGCUUGGAAGGAGUUAAAAACAAUGGAAAAUUCUUAAAUGGUGAUUCAAAAAAGUGGUUGCAGCUGCUUGCAAGAGGUGGUGAUUUAUCAGAGGUUCCAACUGUAAGGCUUUGACUGGGAAAAUUUUGGUGUUUUGGAUAAAGUUGUCCCUUAUAUAUGGGAAGUGAUCGCUUAUGAAAGGUGGUCGUACAUUAAAGUUUGACUGUAUAAUAUUUACAGAGUAAUAAUUCUCUUAUAAUAUUAGAUACUUAGGAACAUCUCCAUUUCAAGCUCACUGCAUAUCUAGCAGUAUUCUAUAGUACACUAGACAAAACUGUUCUGGGUUUACGUUUUAUUAUACAAAAAUAAAACAAGCCAAGGAACCUCAAUUAUUUUUUUCUGUUUUGAACUUUAUUAAAUUUCAAACAUGGAAAAAUAUUUGAUCACACAAGGAGGACUUGCGUUACAGCAUAUCCAAACUUGGUAACGAAAUCACAAAGGUAUGAAAAAUCACGUGAUUUCUAACAAAGACAAAUCAAACGUAACGCCUUAACUCAAGUCCUCCUUGUGUGAUCAACAUAAAAAUAUUUUUCCAAGAAGCCACCGGCCAUUUUGUUUUGUUCUCAUGGUGGAAUUUAAUAACGUUUAAAGGGCAAGAAUAUCAUUAAGGUUCCUUGGCUUAUUUUAUUUUUUAUGGUAAAACAUUAAUCCAGAACAGUUUUGUCCAGCAUACUAUGUAUUUGUAGGUUCUAUAAUCAAUUAUUUGGUGCAUUUUGUAACAGGUACCUAUGGGAUCAAGCCGCCUUUACCAGCUGUUGGUGGAAAUGAGGGUGUUGGAGAAGUCACAGAAGUUGGAAGUGAAGUGAAAAGUCUCAGGUCAGGUGACCAAGUGGUACUAAGGGCUGAUCUGAGCUUAGGUAUUAAAUGGUUUAAUGUAUGUCAUCUUUAUAUUAAUUCUAUACACUAGAGAGUGUUUGGACUUAAAUCAUGGUCUUGUUUACAACUUAUGUCUAGGGUCUUGGAGAAGACACCUUGUGGUUACAGAAGACCAAGUUUUGAAAAUUCCAGCUGGUCUCCCUGUUGAUGCUGCAGCAACAGUUAGUGUAAACCCUUGUACAGCUUUUAGGAUGCUGAAGGACUUUGAAGAGCUGGAGCCAGGUAAUUAUAAAACUGUAUCAUUUGGCUAAGAUGGCUGCAAUACUUUAAAAAGGCAAGAAUAGGCCACUUGCACUAAGAGCUCACAUGACCAAUGUUUCCUUUAAACAAUGAGUUGGAAUCUUGCUGAUGCCAAAAAUUGUUAGAGCACACAAAAAUUAUCUUACACCCGAAAUUUGAGAGGAAAUGCAUUUAAGGGUGAUAUUUUAUGACACUUUGAUUUUUCAGCAAAGUAGUAUGAUUUGUAUUGGCCGCCAUGUUGGAGGGCAUGCCUUUGCCCUCCAACAUGGCGGCCAAAACUACUUCUAGCUUAUAUCUUGUUCAACGUUUCAUAGUUACGCUCAGAUGUGCUGUAGACGUUAUCACAUCAUCUUUUCAACAUUUCCCUUGAAGUUUAAGUGCAAAAUUUGUGUUCAGAGAGGGGUAAUUCAUAAUUUUAAAAAUCACAUUUUGGUCACGUGACCAUUUGCGAACUUAUUCAUUUUAAGAAAAUGGUGCAGGUUUGAAAAACCAAAUGACUAUUAUUUUGUAUGACCCACUAAUCGUUUUUCGAAGGCAAAGUCAUAUAACUUUCAUUUUCAUAAAAACGAUGUCACAUGCCUCUUAGUGCAAAUGGCCUAUUUUGUCUGACUUGACAGGCCCUGUUUUUUUUAUUUUACAUCUGUGAAGCUCAGCAAUAGCUAAAAAUGUUGUUUCUGAUGCUGUCAGUGCUUUCUAUUUUUGUCCAAAUAACUUGUCGUAGCAAGAACUUAGGAACAUGCAGUUAUUAAUAACCUUGACAGGGCUUCUGAUAUUUCGCGGAAAAAAAAGCAAAAUUUCGCGGGAUUUUCAGGGGCAAAUUCGCGGAAAAAUCGGCCGAUUUCGCGGGAAAAAAGUCAAAAUUCGCUCAAAAAUCGGCCGAUUUCACUUGAUUUUCGCGGGAGAAAAGUCAAAAUUCGCAGAAAAAUCGGCCGAUUUCACUGGAAAUUUUGGGGGGAAACUUCGCCAAGAAACAAUCAGUAAAAAACAGCCGAUUUCGCUGGAUGUUUUUGGCAAAUUUCGCUAAAAUCGAUCAAUUUUGCGUCGAUAUGACCAGCGUUGUUUAAGGUGAUUUCCUAGUAAAAGAACCUAACAUAGAUUGUAGAUGAAACUUGGUACACUGGUGUAACAAGUCAAGAAGAUGAUAAAAAAGUAAGAAAAAGUGGGGGUCACCGUGCUCGUUUUGACAUCACAAUGCUGAGUAAUACGGCUAUUUUGGACCCUUUGUCAAAAACCGCGCGCAGCCCAAAACUAGACGAAAACGAGAGAUUUUUUCGAUGAUGCAUGUGGUAUCGCACAGAAUUUGACUUAUUGUAUUGUUUAUCCACUUACAUACCAGAAAAAUACCUUUUAAUGCUCCUGUUUUUAUUUUACGCUCCAAAGUAGAAUUGAAUUGGACACGCGCUAUUCGACCCCUGAUAGCUCAAUCCGUACAAUUUAGUAAAAUUGCCAAAAAACUGAACAUAGAUUUGUGCUAAUUUUUUUCUCAUCGAAAGGAAGCACUGUCCUUAUUAAAAUCAUGAAAUAAAAAAUGGGGGUCACCGUACUCGUUUUUGCGGUAGAGCUGCAGAAAGUGCACACCAAAUGCAUUUUCUCCGAGUUUUGAGAGAGGACUGGGGCGAGUUUCAAAAAUAGAAUGUAUGUGAAAGGGGGAAGAAAGUAUUAAAAAAUCUGUUUUUACAGAAUUUACAUCGAGAUAUCACAUUUAGGAUACAAUGUGAUAAAGAAAGGGUUUAGAUAAAAAUCAAAGUGAGUAAGCACAAGUUAAACAUCCACUAUCGAGGUUCUCCGUGAGGAAGUCGAACUCAGCAACACGCGUACUGCCUACGCUAUGCACAUACCCAACACAUUGAGUCUCACCUCGGCAAGAAACAACCGCAAGCAAAAAUUCCAGUAGCGUUUCUCUUCAUUCAACUUCAUUUUAAUAAUGUUACUUCACAUGCUCUUUUUUAUGGUGGCCAUCUUGUUAUGCGCAGUAAGAGAUGCGCAGUGCAAAACCAGGGAAUCACCUUAACGUUUUUUUAACAGGGAUAAUCACUUGCUCUUUCAACAACAGUUCGCUCGAGAAAUGAGCAAAUGCUAAAGCUGAUGACAUUAUGGUUAGUGCCCAGUUUUUCGCAACGUUCAUCUAAGACGCCUGGUAGUUUUGAGACGUUGUUUACUCGUUGCAGUGACGAAGUUUCAAGAUAAAUUUGGACGUUUGAGGUGAAUAGAACAGGUCUAAUAGCCAAGAUAAGUAUUAAAUGUGUUUUGCCGACAUGUAUUUGGAAAUAUUUCUGGCGGAUUUCGCGGUAUUUCUUUUUUGGGGGGGAAUUUCGCGGGUCCGCGACCGCGCGAAUUAUCAGAAGCCCUGCCUUGAAGAACCCUUAUUGAGGGGGACAUUGGGGGGUACCCAAUACCGCAAUACCGUAAGAAAAAAUGGCAAAUACCGAAAUACCGCGUCGAAAAUCGUCUAAAUACCGAUACCGCAUAUUUUAAUCACAUUUAUAAUCGGUUGCGCAUACUUAUGGUUGCUUCCAUCUAGCGCGUUUAAUUAUCUCAAGCAUUUAUGCACCAGAUGUCCAUGUUUUUUUUUAAUAUUUUGGUAGUUCGCAAUUUUCCGCAAAUUUUCACUGAAAAGUAAACUACAUUCGUUCAGCCUUUUGGUAUUUCGACCCAACAGCUAAUUAACUCCAAUAAAAAUAACUCUUGAAAGCGCGAAAAACAAACCAACCAAAACCCUUUCCACGCACGUCUAGUGCGAGUUUUGAUAUAAAGUGAGUCUAGUCUAGCACGUCAGUCUCUCAGGGGUCAGGUCACACGCCGCGGAGACCCAGGGGCAGAUAGUGGGGACGAGGGAAAGUCUAAACGGGCGGAAUGUCUUACCAGACCAGUUCCAAACGGUCGCCGCCGUUUUGGCUUCUGUUUGGUGCCAGAAAAACACAAGUUUCCUGGCACCAAUCAGAAGCCAGAACGGCGGCGACCGUUUGGAACUAGUCUGGUAAGACAUUGUCCAAGGGGCUCUUCUCGCCGUUCUUUACUUUUCUUCGUUCCAUAUAUAAUUUUCCGCCCGUUUAGACUUUCCCUCGCCCCCUUUAUCUGCCCCUGGGUCUCCGAGGAUGACGCCGCGCUGUUAAGAGGCAAACUUACCAACUUUUCGCUUUUAACUUUACAAGGCGUUUUUCAAUUCUCGAAACCCAACAUCUAAACUUAUUCUUGUUGCGAUAAUGUUCACCUCCUUCGCCCUCUUCAUAAAAAAUUGCCACACAGUCAAUGAUGACCACGCCAUCUUCAACCUCAACGACCUCAGACAUUUUGAGAAAACGUCGAAUUUCCGGCACAGGUACACAGAUCGACAAGCCUGGUAAGGUAACUUGAGACGACUCAUUAUCACUGGAUGCAACAACAAUCACAUUGUAUAUUAUCGACCAAAAUAACUGUCACAAAAUGACCCACAAAUGGUGUAAUCAUUUACCGUUAUGUCUCAAGACUUCUAAAUAUUAACUUUUAUUGACCUUUAUGUCUUACUGUGUUUUGUUUUGCGUAUUGUAUCGAAAGGAAAGCGCAAAUAAACAGUACCGUAAUACCGUGAACAAUCUUAUUUCACCGAAUACCGUCAGCCAAAAUGAUGAAAAACCGCAUACCGCAGCGCUAAAUGAUACUGCAAUACCGCACGUUAAAAUUAAAAUUACCGAAAUACCGCAUGAAAAAAAGCCCAAUACCGCAAUACCGUAAACCCCCAUGUCCCCCUCCUUAUUGCCUUGCUUGCUUCCUCCACACUGUUUAUACAAAGAUGUACUUUUAUGGCAACUUGAUUCUUCACUCAAUAAGUUAGUGCAACACACUUUAUGCCAACUUUCAGAUGAGCUGCUCACAAUCAACAUUACAUAAAAGGACAACCUGUACAAACUUAAUCAACUUGGUAUUAUUUUGGUAUCAUUUAAAUACAUCAACGCUGUGGCCUUAUUGUCACUACUGUAGUCACUCUGUUUCAAGUCCAUAAACAUGACAAGUAGUUAGACUUUUUAAUCACUGGAAAACUAAUAAUUAAUUUUAGUACAUGUAAACUUCCAAAUUCAAUGAAGAGUUGAUUAUCACCCUCCUCUCAGUCAUCUUUGUUAUCCUCCUCAUCACAGUAGAGUUGUUAUUGUUUGUCAGAAGCUAAAUUCAAUACUUAAUUGUUUAUGGUUUAAUUUUAAUAGGUUUUCAUGGUAGUUAGAUGAUAUGUCUGUUAAACAUUAUUGUCAAGGUGAUGCUGUCAUUCAAAAUGGAGCAAACAGUGGUGUGGGACAGGCAGUAAUCCAACUUGCUGCAGCCUGGGGUUUAAACACUGUCAAUAUUGUUCGUGACAGGUGAAUUACUUAAAUUAUGUGUACCAGUAAACCCUUUUGAGAAAGUUAAGUUCCUGCAGUAAUAAGAAUUAACUUGUCCCUUGUAAAUUGUCAAUGCAAUAUAAAAAAUUAGCCUGGGAGUUAAGAAAAUGAUGACUAUUCUUUUUUGAUUGUCUUUAUAGUUAAACAAUGAUUUUGUGAGAUAUGUUUGGAGUUCAGCGAGGACAAUUAUUAGUUUUGAACUGGUCUGGUUUGCAUGCAUUGGGAAAAAAGUAAUGAUCUUUUAACUGUUUGUUAUAUUAGACCAGAUUUUGAAGACCUUAAAAGUCAGCUUGUGGGGCUAGGAGCAAAUUAUGUUGUUACUGAAGAGGAACUGAAAAGCUCUGAAAUGAAGAAAACAAUGAAGGUAAGUUCUGUCUUUUCAACUUGACUUUCCUUGGCAACCAAAAUUGUCACAGCUUGGAGCACUGUACUUUCAAUAGAAGCUAAACCUUUUUCCCACAUUCAUUGCAUUAAUAGAUCUGCCCUCUCUAACAUCUUAAUUCAAGCCAGAAUCAUUGAUUGUAAGUGUGUUCCUCACUCUCCAACUCUUUUCAGAAUCUUGUGACUUUAAGAACCAACAAUAAUAAUAUUAUACCUCACGGUAGAAGGUAUCUGUACAUGUCUGGCUCUAUGAAUUGAAUUAUGUACAUGUAUGGUUCAUGUAUUUAGAAAACUUUUUAGUAGUGUCUACCAUUUGCAACAGAAAUAAAGGGAUUCACAUAUUAAGUGUGAUUGAGGGAUCAAAUAAAAUUGAACAUAGGUGUGAUCACUGUAUGCAGUUUUUGGUGAGAAACCUUGGUUGUAACCUCUUUUACAAAGUUUUAGUUUUGGAAUAGUAUUAAGAAGUAUUAGAUUAGUAUUGAGAAUUUCUGUCAUGUUAUCAGAGUAUCAUCUCCUGUGUGUGAGCAGUUUACACCUCCAACACCAGAUCUGGAGGUUCAGGGUUCAAGCCUUGCCCAUCAUGUUGUUUCCUUAGACAAGGAACUUUCUUCCACCUUGUCUCUCUUCACCCAGGUGAAUAAAUGGGUAGCAGUGACAUACUGGUGGGGAGUAAUCCUGCGAUUGACUAGCAUCCCGUCCAGGGGGGAGUAGCAAUACUCCUAGGUAUGCUUCAUGCUAAGGAAAACCGUAUACGCUCUGGCCGUUUGGGCCUUUGACUCUUAUAUGCCUUUACUUUCCUUUUUUUAUCCCCAUCUCACGUUGAUUUUUAAGUACAACUGCAGCCUGUUAUAAAUCAGAGAAACAUUUACUGGUUUUGGAAUUUUUGAAUUGGUGAGCGUCCAUUUUACAGUGUCCUAAACUUUUACUUAAAUACAAGAAAUAAAUACCUCUGAAUUUAUUCUUAGAACAUGAAGCCUCCUAAACUUGCUCUGAAUUGUGUUGGAGGAAAGAGCUCUUUGGUCCUUUUUCGCUAUUUGGGGUAAGAAAAAUGUAAAGGGAGUGUUUAACUUAGAGUCUUUCCUUGAAGUUUUGUAUUGUCAGUAGUAUAUUUAUUAAGAGGAGUGGCAGACACUUUGCUUUCAGAGUUUGUAUGCAUGCAAUCUGUGCAACAACACUCCUUUGGCCUGAAACAAUGGCAGUAACAUCUCAUGAAAAGUGUUUUACUUCCAGAACAAAAGGAACAAUGGUAACUUAUGGAGGAAUGUCCAGGCAGCCUGUUACUGUACCUACGGUAUGUGAACCAUUGAUAAACCCAGAUUAGACCCCUAUACUUUUAGCCCCUGAGACCUGAGGCAGUCUGAGCAAGCGGCCUUAAACCACCUAGCCUCCCGCGAAGAGAUGUGAGCAGGAAUAACAGCAAUAGAGUGGGGUAGGGGGUGAGCCAUAUACUGAUACAAAGUAAGAAGAAGUUCUAAAUAUUAAAAGCUAAUGGCGAGGAAGCCCAAGGGAAUCCACCUUGCUUAUAAGCAAUAGGCUCUCAGAAAUGGGGGAGUGAGGGAGUAGGAAUAACAUGUACUCGCCCAGCGUCCAGGCCAAAUGAGUCAAUAUCCUCAACAAAUUUGCACUAGUAUUUUCAAGAUAGUCGUUGUCUGAGAGGUCACACACAUAACAAAUAAGACAUGCCUGACCAUAAUGAGCUGUUGCAAAUGCAGCAUUAGGUAGUAGUGUAGCCGUGAACUUUAUUGACGUGUCACAAAUCUCUAGUGCGUAGCGACUAAUUGGUGACACAAAUAAAAGAUAAAAAUCAUAUAUUUAAAUAGUGUUAAAAUAAUGUUAAAAUAGUGAUGCAAAUAGUAAAAGCUAGGAAAAAUAAAAAUAUAACACCUAUUAUUAACUGGUAAAAAUGUAUGUAUUGUAACAGGAUAAAUUUUGCUUUGUAACAUAGUGUCUUAAAGUCAAUUAUUACAAAUCAUGCAGUUUCUACAGCCAUCGUCAAUUAAGGCAGUCAGGUCUGUUCUCCUGAUAAUAUUAUCAGUGAACUAUACAAUAUGUUCCUGCUAAUAUUAUGUCAACCUCCUGCAUUUGGUUGUUUAGAAAUAGCUAAUGCUAUGCAUUAGAUGAAAACGGUUGUUUCCUCCCUUCCCACCCCCACCCUUUCCUUGUGUUUUCUCAGAAUGACAUGCUUCUGUCCUCGCCCUCAGCUGCGUAGAGGCUCUUAGCUUGGAUAUUUUGCCAGUCAUGGGUUUGGGAGUGUCAACCUCUAUUGUUAACCUCUAAUAAUGAAAACUCCGUGAAGUCUUGGGCACUCAUGGUUCAUUUUGGGAUGGAGUUCAGUGUUACUUCUCUUUUUCGCUUGGUGCUUUAAUAUUCCGUGUUGCCCUCAACGUUGGUCGAAUCUUUGUUGCUAUUUAUAUUUUCCUCUUAAGGGUUCCUUAAUAUUCAGUGAUGUGAAGGUCAGAGGAUUCUGGAUGAGCAAGUGGAGCAAGGAACAUCAGAAAGGUACCUGGUUUAGAUUCUUGGUUUAAAACUUGAACCAUUCUUCGCCCCAUGUAAGGGAAUACGGAUUCCGGAAUCCGUGAUAUUUUUGCUUUUGGAUUCCAGAAUCCAGGAACAUUUUUCUUUUAGGAAUCUGGAAUCCAGGGCUUUGGAAUCCAGAAUGCAGCUCAAGGAAUCCGGAAUCCUACUAAGGAUUGGAAUCCGGAAUCCAGAGUCCAAAUUCCACUGAAAAAGACUGGAAUCAACUAGCUGGAAUCCAGAAUCUACGGCGUGUAAUCCAGAAUCCAAGACUGUCUUGGGUUCCCUUACGUAGGGCGACAUUCUCCCCACAUGGGAAAUGCUCCAUCUCACGAGUUUACCAAGGUGAAAACUUCAGAUUUUUGUGUCAGCGGGAGUAUUGUCAUAGGAAAAUUUUAUUGUAAAGUGUAGCACUAUGAAGGAAUCAACCUUGUUACACAAAAUAUAAUCUCUGUAUCUUUUUUUUAGCAAUUUAAUAUCCUUCCUUUUCAAAAUAGUGGCAUGUUUGUUCUGCAGUGAAUCUAUCCGGUUACACUCCGGCAUGUUACAGCUGAUGUUGGAAGCGCAGUUUACAUCUGGACAAUAUUUUCCUAGAACUUUAGGCGAAACAGAUGUAGGUAGUUCUUCCAUGAAAUACAAACGACAUUUGUUCAAAAAUUAGUUAAAGUUUCGGGACAGUAUGAGAGAAUUUAUAUGUUUACCAAGUCUCAGUAAAUAUAGCAACCAGCUAAUGGGCUUAGUUUAUGUUAAACUGUCGAAAUUAUUGUGUUCGCUUUGCCGACUCAGCCUUGAUGACUUUGUUUUUCGUUAGACGUUACAAGGCUUGCUAUGCUAGAGGAAGUAUGUAACCUGGUACGUGAAGGAAAGCUCAAGGCUCCACCUUGUACAAAACAUUCAUUUGAGAACUUCAAGACGGCCAUAUCUGAUGCAAUGAAGUCAUACUCAAAGACCAAGCAACUGUUAAUUCUUAAUGAUGAUUAAACCUCGGACGAUUUUCAAUCGCCUUUGCCGAGUACGGCCCGCUCAGCAGUGGACGCGUUUUCCCUCAAAAAAAAUUUCUGUGUGGCGCUACCUAACGCUACAUGCCUACUUGUUCCCGCGCAUAGCCUCAGUUACACGUUACUGAGUGCAGCUGUUGUACAACUGAUUAAAACAGUCCGUAAAUUAAAGUAAGGGAGACAUAGAUAUAUAAUUACGUAAGCAAUACUGCGUCUUCAUUAAGAGUAUCGCAAGACAACUUUCAUGCGUAGAGAAUGAGAUAAUAUAUAGCGAUACUCACGUGGACGUUACCUAUUGAUAUUAAUGUGCCAACCAGAGGCGCAUUGGUCCUUGUAACAAAAGAUCGUUUUGUUCUACUCGUUACAAAUUUGAAUAACUAAAACAAUGUUUGUAAACAGUGAUGCCUCCUAUUCAAGUACUUUUUUGAAAAAGGAAGUAUUAUCAUGCUUGCCCGAGGGUUCUUUCGAAUCAACUAAGAACAUAAAAUUUUUUAAACAUUUAUAGAAUGAAUUUUAGCCGUCUCCUCGAGCCGCAAACUCGAAAAAAAAACUUUUGCGUAAAUGAAAGCAUAGUUUAGUGAUAGUUGAAACUGCAUUCCUAGCAAUACUCGUAGGCAUGCUUCAUGCUACGGAAACCGGUAUUCAGAAAAGUCGGUUGUAUUCACAUUAGUAUCCAGCGAGCACCGUAUUCAGGCACCGUGCGCGGACACCAAGUGUGAACACAGAAGUUAGACAACAUCCUCACGACGCACGAAUGUUUCUGUUAGAUUGCCGUGUGUGAACAGUCGUAGGUAAGCUUUUAAAAUGCAUUUUGCGAAUUUAACCAAACUCAUGUCAACAUGUCCUCCCGAUGGCUUAUUUUAGGGGUAUUUUUUUUUUAAUAAUUAAGGAAACCGUUUCUCCCCGCUGGCGCUCUGUGCUCGUUUCCAUCACCCCCAACUCCCACUUCUCACUCAUCGACAGCAUCCCGUCCGUGUUCCUAGUGCCGAAAUCCUGUGCUGAUAACACGUCACUACCCAGAUCUGGGUAGGGUUUCUGAUUCGUUGCAGCAAAUUUUCACUAAUAAGAAGCGAAAUGUCGGCUGUCUUCUCAGGCUCAGCGCAGCUGGAGGAAAUGGUGAAAAUUAUGUAAAUA